UGAAAAGAGAAAAGGGUAUCAGUCUGAUCUCAAUUUAGCUUGUUUACAUUUAGACGUACUCAUACAUGUCUGGUAAAAACUUUAUAAAUGUGCAGUUGUUGACUUCAAUAUGACAUGCAAAAUGUAGACGGCUGAAAAUUUCAUUCACACUACUUCCUAAGGCUAAGACCAAGCAAAUUCCUUCACCAUGCUAGAUGUUAGUAAAUGGCCAAUGUUUAGUGUGCUAGAUCAAAGUGAAGUUCAGGCUAUAAAGAAAAUCUGUGUAUUUGGUAGUUCUGGUAAUGAAGCUGUCUAUAUCAAUGAAGAUGAUGAUGUGUAUGCUAUUGGAUCUAACUGUAGUAGCUGUCUUGGUCUAGGAGAUUCACACAGUAGUUUUGAACCCAGAAAAAUUGAGGUUUUAUGUAAGAAGAAAAUUAUAGACAUUGCCUUUGGAAGUGGGCCUCACGUUUUAGCAGUUUCAAGUGAUGGUGAGAUAUAUAGUUGGGGACACAAUGGAUACUGUCAGCUGGGUAAUGGAGGUUCAACACAGGGACUGAGUCCUUCAUUGAUUAAUACUAAUGUCCUUGGGAAGAAAGUGACAAAGGUGGCAUGUGGCAGUCAUCAUUCUAUGGCUUUAACACAGGAUGGUGAGAUAUAUGCUUGGGGUCAGAAUAAUUGUGGACAGGUUGGUUCAGGAACAACAACUAAUCAACCUACACCGAAAAAAGUCAUGGCCGUUAUAGGUUCUAAAAUGGCCAUAUCUAUAGCUUGCGGACAGACUUCAUCAAUGUGUUUAAUGGAAAAUGGUGAGGUAUAUGGCUGGGGCUAUAAUGGGAAUGGACAACUAGGACUGGGUAAUAAUGUCAAUCAACCAAAUCCUUGCAGAGUACAACAGCUUCAAGGAAUUAUAAUUAGUCAGCUUGUAUGUGGCUAUGCUCAUACACUUGCAUUGUCAGAUGAAGGAACAUUAUACACGUGGGGAGCCAAUUCUUACGGUCAGUUGGGAACAGGGAACAAGGCUAAUCAAGUUUCACCUAUAAAAGUUAUGGCCAAUGAGAGGGUAGUGGAGAUAGCUGCCAGUCAUUAUGCCCACAUAUCAGCAGCCAUGACAGAAACAGGCCAAGUUUACAUGUGGGGGCAAUGCAGAGGACAGUCAAUAACAUCAUUAUACCCAACCAAAUUCUCCAGUACAGAUGAAGUGUUUGCAUCUUUCUCUUCUCCUCCUGUUACAUGGAGAACUUAUUCCAUCGAUAACCCUGAUCUCUGUGAUAGACAGAAAGGUGCUAGUGUAUUAGAUGACAUUACUAGGUCAUUCGAUGAUCCAGUGACUAGUGAUUUAAAGUUUUCAGUUGAAGGAAGAUUAAUUCAUGUCCACAAGUCCAUCCUAAAAAUAAGAUGUGACCAUUUCAGUUCAAUGUUUCAAUCUUGCUGGGAAGAAGAUGAAAAACAAGUUAUAGAAAUUAGUCAGUACACUUAUACAGUAUACAAAGCUUUCCUUAGAUACCUGUAUACAGACAGAGUAGAUCUGAAACCUGAGGAAGCAAUAGGUUUGUUGGAUUUAGCCAAUGCAUACUGUGAACCAAUAUUGAAGAAAAUGUGUGAACAGAUCAUCAAAAAAGGAAUGACAACAGACAAUGUCGCAAUGUUGUAUGCUGCUGCUAUUAAAUUUGAAGCUAAGGAAUUGGAAGAUUUUUGUUUCCGCUUUGCACUCAAUCAUAUGACUGCUGUAACACAAACUGAAGCAUUUAGUCAGCUGGAGGAAUGUAUUCUCAAAGAAUUCAUUAGAAAAGCUGCAUUGUCAGGAGCUUUUAGAAACUGAAGAUAAUCAAAAUCAGAUGCGGAUUCAGACAAGGAGCACCCAUUGUGCACCCCACAUAAACUGAAAAAAAAUGUAAUUUAAUGGUAAAAUUACAGCCAAUAUUUUUGUCAAAAUAUGGUCCUCUUACUCCUAAUUCUCAGAGAGUGCUCCUCCUUACAUCAAAUACUGGAUCUGUGCCUGAAAAUUGUUUUACAUGAAAUGGAAAAUACCUUUGAAUGUUUAUUAUCGGAUUCAAGAAAACCAUAUUGUCAUAUAUAGGUUGUGGGUCAUGGGUUACUUUGGUUGAAUAUCCAUUUGAUGUAUGUAAAACAACUAUAAAAAAGUAUUCUGAUUGCGGGAGUUGGAUUUUUGAAUGUCCCUUUCUAUCCUCCCAUAUCUAUUUUAAUAGAAUAGCCCUGGGGAAAGAUCUUCUAUAACUGAUAGACAUAUUUUCUAUUUGCCACAUGCCAUUGAAAGUGACAGAUCACCUAUCAACCAGUAAUUUAGAUAAUUUGUUUUUCUCAAUCAUAUAAAUACAAGGAUAUGUUACACUAGGUAUACAUAGCUGAGGAGACAAACCAACAACAUAAAUUAAAGAAUACACAACUAGAACUAUGGGAUCAAGUACUGAAAAGUGUAACCACAGUGAUUAGUAAUCAGAUAUAUACUUUCAAUGCUAUUUUUAAUGGUGGUACAUGUAUAUCUGUACAGGCUACAGCUUAAGGAUGUUCGCUCCUCUUGUUUUUGAAUUUUGGCCAGAUAUUUGGAAUCCUCUGGUUUUUAUCCAUGUAGUGCCAUUAAAAAUUUUUGCCCACUAACCCUACUUUUCUCAAAAGGAAGGUUGGGUGUGAUUUUGGGGAUGAUGGUCCCAACCGUUUAGGAAUUAGGGACCCAAAAAGGGGCCCAAAACAAGCAUUUUAUUUAACAUCAAUUUGAUCGUUUUAAGGCCUGAUUCAUCUUCCUCAGAAAAUCUAGGUAGGCACUAAAGUAUAAAAGUCUGAGUUAAUCACAGGUAAUGUCCUGCAUAAGGUCUUGCCACUUGCAAAAAAUAGAAUUGAAUUUAACAAUUAUUAAGCUUUUAUGUUUAAUUUAGAAACUGUAAUAUAUUUGUAUAGUUGCAAUCAAUCUUUUAUUGUUACAAAUUUGUCUCAUUGGCAAUCAUACCACAUCUCCUUAUAUUUAUACUGUGUGACUGGAUUCAAUUUGAACCCCAAAUAAAUGAAGAAUGUAUCCAUCAGACACAGAUGCCCCCGCUUGUAAAUAUACACCAAAUCCUACAAUUUUUCAAUUUACAAAGGAACAUAACUCAAGAACAGUGAAAGUGAGACUACUGAAAUUCGAAUUUAAUCUGUGUUUGGUGGUUAUAAGCAUUGUGAAAUAGUUUGAACUAUGUUAAUAUCUUUGAUCUUUAAUAACAGCUUAUUUUUUGUGUUACUUUGAGUUUAUGGUUUUGAACAUUGAUUUUCAAACUUUGCACAACUGCAACAAAUUAAUUUUGAUUUUGUAGUUCAAAUUUACUUCUGUAUCUUGAAACUAUGUAUUGAAAUGGUAUAAGUGACAUUGGGUUGUUUUCUUUAUUUAAGGAGGCAGGGGUGGUGAAGGAAAAAAGUGACAAUUUAAAACGUUUGAUAGAAUGCCCCAGUGUUGCAAUCUCUCAAAUUCAAUUUUUUGUCAAGAUCAUUUUAAUUGUGUUAAGAAAAAUGUGCUGCCUGCUGACAGUUGAGCGUUUGUUUUUAACUUAUCAUCGACAAGGACGAUACUGGUAAUUGAUUUGAAUUCAUGUCAUAUAUGUACAAAAAGUCAAGAGCUUGUAGUUCAGUGGUUGUUGUUGGUUCAUGUCUGUCAUAUAUUUGUUUUUCGUGAAUUGUUUUGUUAUAAAUUAGGCUGUUAGUCUUCUUAGUUGAUUUGUUUUAUAUUUUUCAUGUUGGGGCUUUCAAUAGCCAACUAUAUGAUUUGGGUUUUUCUCAUUGUUGAAGGCCAAACAGUUGCCUAUAAUUGCUUACAUCCACUUCAUUUGAACUUUGGCAGAGAGUUUACUCAUUGGCAAUCAUACCUUAUCUCCUUAUUUUUAUAAAAAUUAAAUAUCACUUUUGACUUUAUUGUAUUGUUUAUUAUGGUUUGAAAUUGUACAUGGGUAUAAACAUUCCAGUAUUCUGGUGUUCCAUGAUGGGACACAUCAAGAAUAAAUGUUAGUUUUCUUGUGUUCCUUGAUGGGACACAUCAAGAAUAUAUGUUAGUUGUCUUGUGUUCCUUGAUGGGACACAUCAAAAAUAAAUGUUAGUUGUCUUGUGGUCCUUAAUGGGACACAUCAAGAAUAAAUGUUAGUUGUCUUGUGUUCCUUGAUGGGACACAUCAAGGAUAACUGUUAGUUGUCUUGUGUUCCUUGAUAGGACACAUCAAGAAUAACUGUUAGUUGUCUUGUGUUCCUUGAUAGGACACAUCAAGAAUAACUGUUAGUUGUCUUUUGUUCCUGGAUGGGACACAUCAAAAAUAAAUGUUAGUCGUCUUGUGUUCCUUGAUGGGACACAUCAUGGAUAACUGUUAGUUGUCUUGUGUUCCUUGAUAGGACACAUCAAGAAUAAAUGUUAGUUGUCUUGUGUUCCUUUUUGGGACACAUUAAGGAUAACUGUUAGUUGUCUUGUGUUCCUGGAUAGGGCACAUCAAGAAUAAAUGUUAGUUGUCUUGUGUUCCUUGAUGGGACACAUCAAGGAUAGCUGUUAGUUGUCUUGUGUUCCUUGAUAGGACACAUCAAGGAUAACUGUUAGUUGUCUUGUGGUCCUUGAUAGGACACAUCAAGAAUAAAUGUUAGUUGUCUUGUGUUCCUUGAUGUGACACACCAAGAAUAACUGUUAGUUGUCUUAGUUCUGCAUCAUAACAAUUGUAUUUUCAUUAACAAACAGUUCUUAAACUAGUGAAUUAACUGAGGGAAAUUAUUAGUAAAUAUUCAGAACAUAGUGCCAUUAUAUACCUUUAAUUUCAUUUUUAAGUAGAAUUCGUGUUUCCAGUUAAUUUCUCCAAUAGCAUAAUGUAUAAGGACAUACCUUACCCCACACAGCUUCUCACUCUUGACUAAUCACUUUCAGUGAAAUUAAGGCUUAUAUCUUGUUAUAUAAUUCCAUUGUGCACCUCUUUUUUGUGUUCAUUUUUUUUCAUUAUAAUGAUUUUUAGUAUACUCAAACAUGCACAUUGUUAAUUUUUAGGCCUAUGGCAUAUGUAUUACCUAAAAAUAGUAAAUGGAUUAUAGUAGGAUUUGUUAAAAAGACAGUUAUUUACAUAUAUGAGAGUAAUGUAUAAAAAAGUUAGUUGUUAGAAUAUGAAAAAGCAGGUGAUACAUAUCCUUCAUGGACAACUUACAUGUAAGAAUAUUUUUGUUGAAUCAUUGAUUGUGCAAUGUUUUGUAUGUGAUAAGCAUUAUUGUUGUUAUUGAAAAUAAAGAUUUAAAAUAUG